GGAACCUUGCGAGAUGAAAUCAGAAGGUCAUGCUGAGCUGACCCUGUUCUUUGCUGACCUAGGAAGAGCUGGCCUUGCCUUUCACUGGACACUGCAGCAAGAGAUCUGGCCCUGACCUUCACAGGACAGCCAGCUCCUGCACUUGGGAGAGAUGACCCCACCUCUCACCAUAGGUGAGGGUGAACCAACCCUGAGGAGAUGGGGAGCUGGCUCUGCCCCUUCACCUGAGGCAGGUGGCCCCAGUGACCUGAACUGACCAGCUCAGCUGCCAACCAGAUCCACAGCUGGGCCUUGGAUUGGUCCACCCUAACCUGCUGGUCCUAUACUGCUGGACAGUACUUGACACAUCGAGGUCCCCAGUGCCAUUAGGACAAAUGAAGAGAGUCUAUAGGAGACGUAGCCGCAAGACUCCCAGAUGAACAACCGAAAGGAAGAUAUGGAAAUCACUUCUCACUACCGGCAUCUGCUUCGAGAGCUCAAUGAGCAAAGGCAGCACGGAGUCCUGUGUGAUGUGUGUGUUGUGGUGGAGGGCAAGGUCUUCAAGGCACACAAGAACGUCUUGCUCGGGAGCAGCCGCUACUUCAAGACACUCUAUUGCCAGGUACAGAAGACAUCUGACCAGGCCACCGUCACUCACCUGGACAUUGUCACAGCCCAGGGCUUCAAGGCCAUCAUUGACUUCAUGUACUCCGCUCACCUGGCUCUCACCAGCAGGAAUGUCAUUGAGGUGAUGUCAGCUGCUAGCUUCCUACAGAUGACUGACAUUGUGCAGGCCUGCCAUGAUUUCAUCAAAGCUGCACUGGACAUCAGCAUCAAGUCAGAUGCCUCAGACGAACUCUCUGAGUUUGAGAUCGGCACCCCAGCCAGCAGCAGCACAGAGGCGCUGAUCUCAGCUGUGAUGGCGGGGAGGAGCAUCUCCCCAUGGCUGGCUCGGAGGACAAGCCCUGCCAAUUCUUCUGGAGACUCUGCCAUUGCCAGCUGUCAUGAAGGAGGAAGCAGCUAUGGGAAGGAGGACCAGGAACCUAAGGUUGAUGGCCCUGAUGACAUUUCUUCACAGGUGUUGUGGCCUGGAGAUGUAGGCUAUGGGUCUCUACGCAUCAAGGAAGAACAGGUUUCACCAUCGCAUUAUGGAGGCAGUGAGCUUCCAUCCUCCAAGGACUCUGCAAUACAGAACUCUUUAUCAGAACAGGGUGCUGGGGAUGGCUGGCAGCCCACAGGCCGGAGGAAGAAUCGGAAGAACAAAGAGACUGUCCGACAUAUCACCCAGCAGGUGGAGGAGGACAGCCGGGCUGGCUCCCCGGUACCCUCAUUCCUGCCCACAUCGGGAUGGCCUUUCAGCAGCCGAGAUUCAAAUGUGGACCUGACUGUCACUGAGGCCAGCAGCUCGGACAGCCGAGGCGAGAGAACAGAGCUGUAUGCACACAUCGACGAGGGCCUCCUGGGAGGAGAAACCAGCUACUUGGGCCCACCCCUCACUCCAGAGAAGGAGGAAGCACUGCACCAGGCCACUGCGGUGGCCAACCUUCGGGCCGCCCUCAUGAGUAAGAACAGUCUGCUGUCACUCAAGGCUGACGUGCUCGGUGAUGAUGGCUCACUUCUGUUCGAGUACCUGCCCAAAGGUGCCCACUCAUUGUCUCUGAACGAGUUCACAGUGAUUAGGAAGAAGUUCAAGUGCCCCUACUGCAGCUUCUCGGCCAUGCACCAGUGCAUCCUUAAGCGACACAUGCGCUCACACACUGGAGAGCGACCCUACCCUUGUGAGAUCUGUGGCAAGAAGUUCACUAGGCGAGAACACAUGAAGCGACAUACUCUGGUCCACAGCAAGGACAAGAAGUACGUGUGCAAGGUGUGCAGCCGUGUGUUCAUGUCUGCAGCCAGUGUGGGCAUUAAGCAUGGUUCUCGUCGCCAUGGUGUAUGUGCGGACUGUGCUGGCCGGGGUGUGGCCGCACCACUGGACCAUGGUGGAGGUGGUGAGGGCUCUCCUGAGGCACUGUUUGCUGGUGAAGGGCCAUACCUGGAAGACCCUGAUGAUCCACGAGGGGAAGGCGAGGAGGAGCUAGGUGAGGAUGAGGAUGAGGAUGUGGCCAAAUGGAAGGACGACGUGGGUUUGGCUCAUGAGGACGCGCUGCUGGAAGAUGACAAGGAUGAUGAGGACUCUCCACGGGGGCCGCACAGCCCCUCUGGGGAGCCUGAUAAGGACUUUGCCUGGAUCUCCUAGGGGCUUUGCUCUGGUGGGCAGGGUGGGUGGUGGCUGAAUCGCUUUGUACACCUGUGUGUGUCUUAGUGGGUCUUUACUUACCCAGGAGCAGGGCCAUGCUGACUCCUUGACGCUCUUCCUUCAGGCCCUCCUCUGGCCUAUAACCCUCCCCCUUUGCAGAAACUGGUCCUGUGAACUAAGAAGUGAAUGUGACUCCAGAGACGGGGGAGCACUAGGACCGAACACAAAGUGAGGGGUAGAGUGUAGGUUUAGGAAAAGGGAGGCCUACUCCCACCUGCCCAGGUAUUAUUAAUGGAGUCCCCAGCGGGUGUGUCUAGAUGUGUGAGCAGGGCUGCACCAAGGCCUGGGCAUGCUUCCUCAGGGUAUCAAAGGAGCCCUUUGCUGUGAACCUGGCUAGGAAUGCAAGAUGCCUCGGUGACUAGGUCGGGUCAGCACUAGUUAGGGUCAUGAGGGCGAUCCCCCAGCCCUCAGAUCUGAGUAGGUGUUGAGUUUUGCAUAAAUACAAACUGUUCCACCUACAGCAUUGCUCAGUCUCCUUCCACCCCCAUCCUCUGGCAGUCAGGUUAUGGGCAAUGGCCCUGCCACUUUGUCCUCUUGGUUCCUGCUGCCCCAUGGCAGCUGGUAGAAUCUAGUGGGCAUAAGCCCUGCAAUCCUCUUACCUCCAGGCUUUGGUGCUUAACAUAAAAUGGCUGCAGAUGCCUCUCUGGAAGCCCAAGGCUCCAGGUGCUAUCUCUGUUGGAAGCAGCUACCCAACUGGCAGGCCAAAGAGGAAGAAGGCUCUGUUCAAGAAGGGACCUGUGGUUGGAUACUUUCCCCGUUCAGGCCCACAUGGUUGAGUUGCAAGGGCCACAGCUCUUUGUUCCGUGUGCACUUUCUUGGAGAGCCCCGUUGUGCACCCUGAGUUCUGCCUGCGCCCAUGCUGACCCCUCCUUGGACCAGAUAGAGCUCAAGCUCCUGCCUUGUUGCUGCUAACACUGGAGGUGGGUGUUCCUAGCUGCAGUGUGCUGCUGACGCCUCCCUGCCUAGGAACCAAAUUUUAAAGAAGUCAGAGACAUUUUCAGGUGGUUACUACAGGUUACUUUCUUUCAAAUUGUUUUUUUCACUUGACAGGACUCCGCAAGUGGUUUCAUUUAACUCUUCAUCAAGUCCUCUUCCUGUUAUUUCUAAAGAUGCUCACACUUGCUCUGUGAAAAGUGUGGGCUGAAUUUCUAUGGCUCUGAGGCCCAGGGAAGCAGCUGUCCACGUAACCUGCAGGAUAGAUACAGAUGCUGCAGCCUGCCCUCUUCUCCAGGCCAUUUCUAACAAACUAAGAACAUUCCAUCCCUUGCCCACCUCAUCUCCCAAAGGCCCACUGAUCCUCUGGUGAGGUGCUGAUGGGCUAGCCCCCACCCUUUGCAAGGGCUCAUCGGGCUAAAUCAUUAGGGCCAAUUAGAGAAUUUUGGUUUUCCUUUCUCAAACACUAAGUCAAAUGGCUUUUAGCACCCCGUCCCUUCUGUUCUCACUAGGUAAGUAAGAGGAAGCCCCAUAAAACUAAUUUAGGUCCCAGUGGUUAUAAAGAGCAUAUGUCACCUGGUGACAUUCCCCAAGUACCAGCUGCCUGAGCUACAGAAGGAUUCAGGGCUGGCCCUACAGAAGGAAGGAGUCACAGCUUUUGUUUUAAACAAAACAACAGUCAAGAGGAACGGAGCUGUUGUCUGAAAGCUGUGUCCUCUCCACUCCGCCCUCUCCCUCUGAGGCAUGCUGGUUCUGGAGUACAUUUCCGUCCAGUGUGGCGGCGUAGCUAGACCCCCUUACACCAACAAAACUCCAGGUUGAGACCGUCUAGCCUUGCCAGGUCCCCUGAGGGCUCCCACACCUAGAACUUCCUCCCUCUUUUACAAUGCCUUUUCUAAACACUUUCUUAUAAAAUACAUUUGGAAGCUAGACCUUUGCUACCACUGUCUCUGGGUUUUUGUAUCAGUCCCUACUUCUCAGGCUGCCCUGCCCAGGACCCAGGACCCAGGACCCCUGGUCCACCUCCCAAGGCACCUGUGCCUCCACUCUCAGGAUGUCUUGCUCUGACUGGCCUCCCUUCCAGACUUGCCUUUGCUGGCCUUUCUGGGGUUCCCUGUUGGUACCACAGGGCACUUCCUUAAAAACCAGUACUGUACCAGAAAACUGAGGGUCCCAGUUCUGGUCCCACCACCUUCCAAGUGUUUGCCAUGUGGCAGGCUUUGUUCUGGCUCAGUUUCCAGUUGGAAAGUGGAAUUCUAGAGAUCCAGAUGAACACAUCCAUCUCAGGAGGCAUGGAGGGAAAAGACGUAUGUAUUGAAGUUUUUUGUUUUUUGGGUUUUUUUUAUGUGAUUUUUUUUAUUCAAUGUUCAAACUAAUAAAUAUUUUUUUAUGAAGAAAAUGUGUAGAUUACAUUUCACAUUUUGUAUUUUUUGUGUGUGUGUCCGUAUUUUGGUGUUUGUAACACCAAAGUGGAAAAUAUAUUCCAUGGGGUGGGUGGUGUUAGGGUUGAGGUGGGAAAAUGAUAUGAUUUUUUAUGGAUCUCUGGAUCCUGACCAGUUUGCAUAUUUGAACUCUGAGUUUUGGGGAACAGGACACUCCUAGGACUUGACAGGGACCUAACUCAAAAGACACAGUUAUGUUUCCAAUUUUUCACAUUUUCUUUUAAAAAAACAAAACAAAACAAAACCUGAGGAAAUGCAAAACUGGAACUUUUUGCAAUAUUAUGGAAGAUAAUCUUACUUUGGCUCCUUCUGUGACAUGUACAACUCCUCAGAAAGCCAUAUGGUGGUAUUAUUUUUUAGAUUCUAUUGUGUUUUGUAUGUGGCUCUUUUAGAAUCACUUGUAGUGAGGGUGCUGUGUGUGUGCUUUUCUUAUUUAUUUAUUUUUUAACAUGCUUUCAAUCUGUCAAAAAGAAAAAAAGGCAGUGUUUGAAGAUUAUUGAUUUUUUUCCUGGGGAUAAUCUAUAUUAUAUUGACUUUAUAUUAAUUAUUAUAAACCUGUGUUUGUACUGAUGAUGUGUUUAAUAUUUGCAGAAGGCUUGUCAUAAUCAGUUUGUGGGGUUCACAGCGCCCACAAACAAGUAAAGAUUACCUUCUCUCUAGCGGUUCUUGCGAUUCCUUGUCUGCCUCAGUGUACUCCAGGUUGCCUGUGGGUUUUCUUUCUGUGAUGGGAUUAGUGUAGACAUUCUUGCAAAACGAUCACUUUAAAUAAAAUGGGAAAUUGCUGCUCCAUG